AUGAAAUACGUUGUUGUUUCUGGAGGAGUCAUUUCCGGAAUCGGAAAGGGCGUUUUGGCCUCCUCCACCGGUUUGCUUUUUAAAACCUUGGGUUACCGAGUCACUUCCAUCAAAAUCGACCCUUACAUGAACAUUGACGCGGGAACUAUGUCUCCGCUCGAGCAUGGUGAGUGUUUUGUCUUGAAUGACGGAGGUGAAGUUGAUUUGGAUUUGGGUAACUACGAAAGAUAUCUCAACAUCACUUUGACGCGUGACCACAACAUCACCACGGGUAAAAUCUACUCGCAUGUGAUUGAAAGAGAACGUAAGGGAGACUACUUGGGUAAAACAGUCCAAGUGGUUCCACAUGUGACCGACGCCAUUCAAAGCUGGAUCGAGCGUGUUGCUAGAAUUCCUGUGGACGAGCUGGGCCAAGAACCAGAGGUUUGUAUCAUUGAAUUGGGUGGAACUGUGGGUGACAUUGAAAGUGCUCCAUUCGUCGAGGCAUUGCGUCAAUUCCAGUUCCGUGUGGGCGUGGACAACUUUGCGUUGAUUCACGUUUCGCUCGUUUUGGUGAUCCAUGGUGAACAGAAGACAAAGCCAACUCAAGCCGCCAUCAAGGACUUGCGUCUGUUGGGAUUGACUCCAGACAUGAUUGCCUGUCGUUGUUCUGAAGAAUUGGAGGUUGCAACUGUCCAGAAAAUCGGCAUGUUCUGCCAUGUUGGCCCAGAGCAAGUGAUUGCCAUUCGUGAUGUCAACUCUACUUACCACGUUCCAUUGUUGUUGCAGGAGCAACGCAUGAUGAAGUUUUUGUCCCGCAAGUUGAAGAUGGAUUCUGCUACCUUGGCGCCCGAAAUUCGUGCACGUGGAGAGAAGUUGUUGGCUAGCUGGAGAACCUUGACAUCUGCUCAUGACCGUUCCAUUGAGAACGUCACUAUUGCUCUUGUGGGUAAGUACACAAACUUGAAGGACCUGUACUUGUCUGUCAUCAAGGCUUUGGAGCACUCUGCCAUGAGAUGUUACCGCCGCUUGAAGAUCGAGUGGGUCGAGUCUUCUCACCUUGAAGACGAGACAAAGUCCGCUGACUUGGCUGCAUACCACCGUGCAUGGCACUUGGUUUGUCAGGCCGAUGGAAUUCUUGUUCCCGGUGGUUUUGGCUCUCGUGGUAUUGAGGGAAUGGUGGCCGCUGCCCGUUAUGCUCGUGAAAACGAUGUGCCAUAUUUGGGUGUGUGCUUGGGUUUGCAGGUUGCUGUGAUGGAUGUUGUGCGUCAUGUUUUGGGUGUGGCCGGACUGACGUCGAUGGAAUUCGACCCAUCAGCUACCGAGGAGAACGCCUCGGUUGUUUACAUGCCCGAUGUGGAUCAAAUCAACUUGGGUGGAACCAUGCGUUUGGGAAUCCACACCACCAAAUUUGUGGCUGACCUGGAAUGGUCGAAAUUGCGCAAAUUGUACGGCGGCGCCGAAUCUGUUUUGGAACGUCACCGUCACCGUUACGAGGUGAACCCACGCAUGAUCGAGCGCAUUGAACGUGCUGGAUUGAAGUUCAUUGGUAAGGAUGAAUCCGAGAAGCGGAUGGAGAUUGCUGAGCUUGAGGGACACCGCUUCUUUGUGGGUACGCAGUACCACCCUGAGUACUGUUCCAAGGUUUUGGAUCCGCUGAGACCAUUUUUGGGUUUGGUUGCGGCUUCUGCUGGCAUUUUGGAGGACGUUUUGGCCCGUGACGACAUCCAUCAAAAGGGAGAGUUCUGA